AUGUGUUUUGAUCUAUCGUUCAAAAAGGGAGAUAUUAUAAUAUUACGCAAACGGAUCGAUCAAAAUUGGUUUCACGGAGAGCUUAAUAACAAAUCUGGUUUCCUGCCGGCCAGCUAUGUCCAGGUACUAGUGCCGCCCCCGUCGCCUGUGCCCCCACAAUGCAAGGCUUUGUACGACUUCCGGGUCACUGAUGUGGAGGAGAAGGACUGCCUGUCGUUCGCGAAGAACGACGUGAUAACAGUGAUCCGUCGGGUGGACGAGAAUUGGGCCGAAGGCAAACUCAUGGACAGAAUCGGCAUCUUUCCCAUCAGUUUUGUCGAGAUGAAUGUGUCCGCCCGGGCGCUCAUGAAGUUGGCCUCAAUCAACACCAACACACCGUCGCGUUGCGCUCCACCCGCGCCCAUCGCUGUCACCCCCGGAACCACCACUUCGCCCGAACCGACCACAUCGGGCGCCUUAUUGUCGGCGCACAACACGGCCGGCACGACGACGACAGUGACCACCGCCAGUGGCGGUACGAUUAGCGCCCCAUUCGUUAGUCAAUCAGCGCUCAGUCAUACGACAGCAGUCAAUAGUCCGCCGCAGCCGUCGUCAGUCACGGGCGUGAAGUUGUCGUCGCCGUCGGUGAACGCGGCCGCCAAUCAACACACAAACACUGGUCCAGUGGUUGCUGUGAUGCCGGUCACCGGU